GAUCUUGUGAUGGGAAGAAGUCAAGAGAUCUGUAUAAUUACAAGAUAUAUCUUGCAAUAAAUGCCGCAUACUGAGUUCUAUCAAACAUGAGAUCUGACUAAAAUUGGUUGUUUGUUGAUAGAAUUUUUUAUUUCUGUGUUAUCCAUGGUCACAAGAUAAUGCAUCGGUUACAUUCUCGUUUGUCAAAGACAUUGCAUGGAUAUGCUUUCCGCAAUUCAAAACAAGAGUGGAAAGCCAAAACUCUUCGUCCCUGCUGCGUCUGCUUGUUCUCAUCAUCGUCAGACACUUCAAACAAUGUCCAGGUUCCGUCUCAAGCGAGAGUGGUCAUCUGUGGAGGUGGUGUGGUUGGUGCCUCUGUAGCCUACCAUCUAGCCGAGAGAGGCUGGACAGAUGUAGCAGUGCUAGAGCAAGGACAGCUGACUUGCGGCACAACCUGGCACUCUGCUGGCCUCAUAGGACGGGUGAGGGCCAGUCCAACGGAGCUGAAAAUUUUGGACUACAGCAUGAAGUUAUACGACCGCUUGGAGAAGGAGGGUCAUGGGCUGGGUUGGAAACAGUGUGGCAGUCUCAAUGUUGCCCGCACCAAAGACAGAUUAGUUGACUUCAAGAGAAAACAUUCAGUUGCUCAGACACUGGGAGUGGAGACUCAUAUCAUUUCUCCCAAGGAGGCAAAAGAAAUAUGCCCUGUUAUUUACAGCGAUGAUCUUGUUGGUGCCAUGUGGAUCCCUCAUGAUGGAGUAGUGACUGCCCCUGAUGUGUGUAUGGCACUCUCACGAUUGGCCAAGGAGAAAGGUGUGAAAAUAUUUGAGGGUGUCUCUGUAGAGAGUGUACUAACAGAAAAACAACGUGUCACAGAAGUGGUGACAUCUGCAGGAUCAAUAAAGUGUGACUACUUUGUCAACUGUGCUGGCCAGUGGGCCAGAGCUGUGGGUAAAAAGACGAAGCCUAAAGGAGUCAAAGCCCCACUACAUUCCUGUGAGCAUUAUUACCUGGUUACAAAACCGCAGGAGGGCAUUGAACGCAUGAUGCCAGUGGUUAGAGACUAUGAUGGCCACACAUAUUUUAGAGAAUGGAAUGGUGGUAUGUUGGCUGGAGGUUUUGAACCCAAUGCUGUACCCUGCUUCCACAAGGGCAUUCCAGAUAAAUUUGAAUUCCAACUCCUUCAGGAGGAUUGGGAUCAUUUUCAAUUUCUCCUGGACAAUAUUGUCCAUCGGAUGCCUUUGCUGUCUACGGCUGAAGUAAGACAGCUGAUCAAUGGGCCAGAGAGUUUCACCCCAGAUUCAAGAUGGCUACUAGGAAAGUCCCCUAAGGUGGACAACUACUUUAUAGCUGCCGGCAUGAACUCCACGGGCAUCGUAGGAGGGGGAGGAGUAGGGAAAAACAUUGCGGAGUGGAUCGUAGAUGGGAAGACGAGUCUCAAUCUCUGGCCGUAUGAUGUGCGGAGAUUUGUGCGACUUCACAAUAACAAAAAGUUCCUUAGAGAUCGCAUGAGUGAGGCCUUAGUCAAUCACUACCUGCUGAAGUAUCCCAGAGAGGAGUACACCACAGGCCGCAAGCUCCGCUGCUCUCCCCUUCACACUAGGCUCGAGGUGGCAGGAGCUGUGUUUGGAGAGACUAUGGCUUACGAGCGCGCCAUGUAUUUCAACAACCCAGAUGAUGACUCGUUUGGCAAAGAACGUGGGAAGAUGUGGACAUGGUCAAAGCCGUGCUGGUUUGAGCCGGUGCAGGAGGAGUAUUGGGCCUGCAAGGAGCGCGUCUGCCUCAUGGACAUGUCCUCCUUUGCCAAGUUUGAAGUCAGGUCUGUGGGAAACGAAGCAACAGAUUUUCUCCAGUACCUCUGUUCCAACAACAUCGACACGGAGAUAGGGUCAAUCGUCCACACUGGCAUGCAGAAUGAGGAUGGUGGGUUUGAGAACGACUGCACAGUUGCUCGACUGGAGGAGAAUCAUUACUUCAUCAUCUGCCCAGCCACCCAGCAAACUCGAGCCAUCGCCUGGCUCAACAGCCACCUUCCGGCCGACGGCUCUGUGCAGGUUACGGACGCCACUUCCAUGUUCUCUGGCAUCAACAUCAUCGGACCUCAUGCUCACCAGCUUCUGGCCGACGUGGGGGACAUCACCACCAACAAAACUGACUUCCGCCCGAUGUCGGUGAACAUCAUCGACGUCGGGCAUGCCAGUAGCGUCCGUGCCAUGAGGCUGACGCACACUGGGGAGGACGGUUUCAUUCUGUACAUACCCUCGGAGUAUGCUCUUCACGUGUAUGAUACACUCAUGACUGCUGGAAAGGACUACGGUAUACGCAAUGCAGGCUACUACGCUUUGCGCCAUCUGCGGAUAGAAAACUUUUUUGCUUUCUGGGGUCUCGACUUGGAUGACAAGACGACUCCUCUUGAAUGUGGACGAGGUUUCAGAACAAAACUGGAAGAAAAUGACAAUUUCAUCGGCAAAGAAGCGUUGCUACAGCAGCGGAAGCUCGGCGUCAAGCGCAGGUUCACGCAGUUUGUGUUGGACGACUUCGACGUACAUCAAGACCUCUGGCCCUGGGGAGGAGAGCCCAUCUACCGGGACGGCAAGUUUGUCGGCAUGACGACCACAUGUAGCUACGGUUUCACCCUUGAGAAGAUGGUGUGCCUUGGCUUCAUUGGUGAUAUGGAUGAGGAUGGGAACCUUUCUACACAGCGCAACAUCAAUGAAUGGGUCCUCAACCGCAGCGCCAAGUAUGAAAUUGAAGUGGCGGGAGUUCGGUUCCCUGCCAGGCCCGGCAUCUACACGCCAAAGAUGAGUGUCCAGACACUGGAGCCUUCGUUUGUCCCUGCUCCAAAUGUCACUCACCCCAAAUAGGAGCGGGAAAGACACAGAACUCAGUAUCACUACCACUGAUGAUCAAGGACAAGGAUGUGCUUUAAGCACCAAACUGAUUUAGUGUCUGUUUGCUCUCUCUUUUUUUUUUUUUUUUCAAAUUAAAAAAAUCAGUAAUUAGAUUAAUUGUGGUGUGCCCUAAUCAGUUUGGUGAUGGCGUGGUGCCUCAUUUUAAUGUGUGUUCUUUUUCUAGAUGCUUGUUAAGAUUAAACUUUUCGAUAUCUGCAAAGCAGGAAGUUGAUUGCUUAUGUUUAUGGCUCUCAUGAUGGGCCAUAUGGCUGGCUUUUCUAUGAGCAGGUCAAUAGACUUUUGUUUUCAGAAACUUUAGCUCAUUCAACUUUGUUACUGUUUGUCAGAAGUACUCAGGAUACCUGUGUUCCUUCUGCGUGGACAUUGAUAUUACAGAGACCGCAAUGUGCUUUUACUGUUUUUGCUAUGGUGACGAUUUAUGGACGGUAAAAUAGCAAAAAUCCAUAUAAUUUCAAAAGUCAUGCUCUUGAAAUUGUGCUUCUAAGCAAUUUAAACAUAGUCCUCUGAAGUAAGUUUUUGAAGUGAAUAGAGCUGUGUCAUUCUACAUAAUUCGCUCUGUUUUCAAGUGUAGUUGAUAAAGAUGUAUCUUAGACAUUAGAGCAACUUUUCCCCCCCCUGUCAUUAACUACGGUUUCAGUAUGUGUUUUACUGAUUUAUGAUUAAGUUUGGCUGGAUUUGUAAUAAUGCUUAUGGUUUUUGUUUUAUGGGAGCGUGUUUGGGGCAGGGGGUUUACUAUUCUUAAUUCCUGCUGGGUUUUGUCUCAAAUUAUUCUAGAAGACUUAUCAUCAUCACCAUCAGCCUUUCUUUUUCCAUGCUGGAGCAUAAGUGACUAACAAGAGCUCUCUAUUACUACUUCUGUCAUGGGCUAAAGCCUCCACCUCUGUCCAGCUGUACCUCAUCUCCUGUUGAUGGGAGUCCAGGUCCCUCCUCCAAUUUACUUUCAGGUUUUUCUCUGUUUUUCUCUCUCUCUUUGUGGAUUCCAUCUUAAAGCUGGAUGAGCAAUGUUUGCAUUUUGAAGACUGUCAGGGGCAUUAAACAUUGUGGUGUUCUUUUUUAAAAUCUAUUUUGUAAUGUAAGUUUUAGUUUGCAAAAGCUUAAUCAUUGCUGUUGUAGAGUUGUGAAUCAUGUGUUCUUGCCCCACUUUUGUUCUGUUAAGAAUUUGCGCAGGCAAGACGAUAAAGCUUUUCUACACAGGUUUUGUAUCACGAAUAUCAGGAUGUUGUGUACGAGGUGAAGGACAAGAUAGCUUUACAAUAUGUAGAAAGUACUGAAAAAUUCUUGUUUGCAUCCAGUACUGGCCCAGAAAGAUCAUACCUGUAUAUUUUUUUGCUGGUGGCCGUGUUCAAGUUAUUAAAGGCUUGGGGAUUUUUUUAGGUUUUUUUUUUUUUUUUUUUUUUUUGCUGCUGUUGAAAAGAUCCACUGAAGAAUGAUAUUUGUAUUGGGAUACCUGAAGAUGUUUUUCUCAGUGAUAUCCAUUUUUAAAACUUUUUUCUCCAAAACCCAAUGAUCAAGUGUUGAUAUUCAUAGAAAUAUAAAGAUACUAUCAAUAUAUUUGUCUUUUCUGGUUCACCUUUCUGUAUUUCUGUUGAUACCCUCUGUUAAAGCUUUAAGCUACAGCUAAUGGCUUAUAAGGUUGUCAUCACAUACAAGCGUAGCCAUAUCCAUUUCUGUGAUAAUUUGUUACGUUAAUGUUUGUUGCGUGUGCAUGGUGUGUGUGUGUAUUAUUCAAGUUAAUAACAAACAUGCUUCCCCCCCCCCCCCCUCUUUAAUAAUAAGGCCACAUGCGCGCGUUGUCUUUGUGCAGAGUAUGGUUGUAAUGUGUGAGUAGACUUCACAUUUUAAUUUCAUCACAUACAGGUUACAAGUAUAUAGCAAUAUCUGAGCUUUAAUACCAGUGGCCCAGUGGUUAGAAGACGUACACUGUCUAGAAAGCCUCUGGAUUAUAGGAAAUAUGAAAUUUUCCAGAAUUGUUGUUCCUAUGAUACUGUUGCUUUUGUCACCCUAUUUCUGAUGUGUUGUCAACUCUUUUCUUGCACUCCAUUUAGAAGGUUCAGAGAUCCUACUACUCCAAGAUGUGACCCUCUUACAUGUACAAGGUUAGUGUUUAGUCCAGAAAAACAAAAGAUUAUGACUCUUUUUAUUCUCUAUUGUUGCAGCAAACAUUUUUGUUUUACAUUAUCGUUGUUAACGUUAGUAAUGGAUAAACAUGUAUUUGAUCUAAAUGUUUGUUGGGUUUUAUUUGCUUAACUAGUUUAGAGACGUAAGUAUGUGAAGAAAAUCUCUCUCUUUCAUGCAUGGCAUUUGCAAAGUUAAUAAAGUUUCAUAUCAUUUGUAACAAAAACACUUUCAAAAACAUGUCUGCUAAGAUUACUUUUUUCUUUUUUUUUUUCUGACUUCAAUUUUUCCUUUGUGAUUAUCUUAUUCGCUUCAUUUCCCUCUUGUGUAUAUGAUUUGAGACAAUCAAAAGAUUAAACCAGGAGCAUGUCAUAUUUAUACAAUAUAUUGGAUUGGCACAUCCAAUGCCUUUUGUUUCCAUAGAACUAGAACUUCACCAGAUUUUUUUCUUGUUGGGACAUUUCUUUUUGUUCUCUCUGCCUUGGGUCUUUCUGAAAAAUUUUGGUACAUGUUUUUUUUUCUUUUCUAUUGGUCUGUGUUUUUCCCUCCUUCCCGACUAGAACUUUUUUAAAAUUGCUGGGACUUCCUUCCAGCAGUUUUGAGAUCUUGCAUUUAAAAGCUUCUUUCAUUAAAAAUGUGGGGAUUAUACUUCUGUAUAUUUGUCCUAGCAUCUGGUUUUCUUUUUGUGAACAUAAUUUGCAAUACUGUUAAAAUCUGUUGAUGUCUGUUGAGUAGCUAUAAUUCACCAUUACUUGUCUUUGGAAUUCAUAGAUAUAAUUCAUGAGGUUAAACAGGAAAUCUUUGGGACUGACUUCUGCAAUCACACGACAAGUAAGAAAAAAAAUAAAAAAAUAAAAAAAUGUUUGUGUCUGUGCUGGAAUUGCUGACAUGUCUACCACCAGGCAAGGUUGGCGUGGACAGACAAUGUUGAAGAAGCUUCUUGUGUGUGUUUAAUAAACUAAAUGUUGUGGAAGGGGGAUAUUAUGCCUGUUAUGACCUACCACCGCAAUAAAGCACAUUUUUUUCCCUUUGUUUGAAAAGUGUGUCUGAGAAGUCCAGCCCCAUUAGAGAAUGUUUCGUACGGAUUUUUCAUUUCUUUUGCAUACAUAGCAGUGUAAGUUUAUUAUGCAAUGACAGAGUAUUUUGUGGACUUUUUGGGCACUUUGUGUUCACAGAUCAGUAUUAUCUUUAAAAUGGCUCUUGCUUCUCAUGCAGCUGGUUUGGAUCCAGGUUUGUUCAGGCAUAGUCAGUUGAUGAGCACAGCUUUUCCUUCAAUAAAAUUCUGAAAUAAUCUCUCCCCAAAAGUCAUCAAAGUCAAUGUUAGUAGUAAUUACAAAUAAUGUACAACAGCAUGUUGAUGCAUAAAUGGUGAGGGACAUUUUGUUCUCAUUUUACCUAGAAGGAAAAACAGCCUUAUAUACUUUUUAAUUAUUUAAAAAGAAAGGGGUAUAGGAGUUGGAGAACUAUUGUCAACUUCCCCUGAGAUCUAGUGUUAGAAUGUCAGAGAAUUAUGACGACACUCUGUGUUAUGACUGCACUGUCUUUUGUUUUCUGUGUUUUUUAUUGUUAUGUGUACUGAAAUAACACACAGGUUUUCAUUAUUUUUUGGACUGUGAUGUCUUGCAUUUAAAAUUAUAUUUGAUCUCUGUUGACAUUUAAUAAACUUUCUUUCAAUAGCAUU